AUGAAUCUCCUUCAGUGGCUUGCUGGCCACACUUCACAUGGUGAAGAAAAGUUUUUGCAGCACAAGGAAAAGAUCAUCCACUUCACCAAGGAUAUGGUUGACAAAGUCUUUGGUUUUGCUUCUGGAGUUAAGCCAUUUGUAAUGGAGAGUAGCGAUCCUGUAAUCAUCAGAGAAGUUGAAGUGUUAAUUGACCAGUACCUACUAGGGAAGAAGCAGAUAUCUGUGUCGAAUGUAGAAUCUGUACUGCUUGGCUCUAAUGAGGAGGUUGUUUUUAUCAGGAGCUUCUUACUGUUAUUCAUCACUACAGUUCUUUGCUCUUCUACCUACAAUUUUGUCAACCCGAAAUAUUUGUACUCCCUAAGGGACAGUGACAUUCUUGAAGUUGGCAAUUUUGACCUGGGAACCUUGUGCCUCAACCACCUAUGGAAUGAGCUUGAUGCUUGGAAGGCUAAGGUUUUUAAAGAUGGAAGCGAUUUCAACAGGAUGCUAUGGAUUGGUGGUUGCUUACCUUUGUUGGCAGUGGUGUACAUGGACUUUUUGGAUUUUGGUGCCAAUGUUGGGCAAAUUGAUUACAGCUUACCAAGAAUGUCACAUAUAAGGAAUGAUGAUUUUGCCUUUGUUCAUAACUCAGACCGUAACCUGUUGUCACGGAAAUCUUAUGGGGUCCUUCCAGUACGUUUGUUCUAA